UUGCUUUAUCUGAUAAAUGGGCAAAGCGUAAAAGGGGUGCUACCAUCUUUAAAAAACCAAAUAUCUCCCCAGCUGUAUUUCUUCUGAUCCUACGAUAUAUCUAUACAGGAAUUCUUGAUUUAACUAGUCAAUCGAGUUCUAACAUUCUUGCUCUUCUUGUUGCGUGUGACGAAUUAAUGCUUGAAAAAUUAGUUGAUCAUAUCCAAAAGCAUCUCAUUAAUCAAGAAUCGUCCUGGUUACAAAAGAAUUUCAUUUUCGCUUUGCACACAGUCUUGAAGCUCCAAAGUUGCAAAGCAGUCCAAGAAUAUAUCAUGAUGACAAUCUGUGAAGAUCCUAAACCUUUUUUUGAAUUAAAGGAAUUUCCAACUUUGGAUAAAGAUAUUCUUUUAAGUCUUGUCAAGAGAAACGAUCUGGGUAUUGAAGAAAUUGAUCUUUGGAAAUAUUUAGUGAAAUGGGGAUCAGCUCAAUUCAUUUCUUCUAAAGAAAAAUCUAAGAAGGAUGUCAGUAAAUGGGAAGAGAAUGAUUUUGCAUUAUUAAAAAAAUUUUUGGAUCAGUUUAUGCCACAUAUUCGAUUUCAUGAAAUAUCCAGUGAAGAAUUUUAUUAUCACGUUAGACCUUAUAAAAAAGCAAUACCGGAAAAUAUUUAUGAAGAUUUAGUGGCUUAUCUCAUGGCUAACGUAACUCCCAAAGUUCCUAAGCUACCUCCACGUUAUGGUCCUAUUAUUAUCGACUCUGUUAUAAUUAAAAGGAACAAAGCUGCAACCAUCACUAAUUGGGUUGAAAGAAGAACUACCUUUGUUAAGAAACCUUUUUAUCAGUUUACACUUACUUACCGAACAACACGCGAUGGAUUUGAUUAUAAUAAAUUUAUUGCGAAUAAUUGUAAUGGCGCAGUUCUUGUGUUAAUUAAAAUCAAGGAUUCAAAUAAAGUAAUUGGUGGAUACAACCCUCUAGGCUUGAGAAAUUAUAAGCGUUACUAUGGCAAUAAUUAUCAAUGGGAAUCAACUAAUGAUAGGUGA